ACGACGCGGGGCGGAUUCAUGGCACCUCUCGUUUUGUAGGAACCGUGGGCCAAUCCUUAUUUAUUUUAUCCGUUUUUAUAAACAUGGCAGAACUAAAUAGGACUAAGGAUGCAGUGACAGGUAGUCCGUCUUAUCCAGAGGGUAAAGCAGUGUGUCCGAAACCCCCAGAGGAAGGGAAGAACCCAGACGUAACCGUAAUCCCCACCCCAGAACCUUUACAAAUCAAAGUGAAUUCCGAGCACCAUGUGUAUUUGAUAGUAAAUGAGAAGGAAAUUAAUGGAACGGAAAAUACGUUAACGAUUGACUCUGAAAGUGUCAGUGAUGAAGAAGGGGAGAAAGAGAAUGAAAAUGGGGACAAUCCAGCCAGUUCUGAAAAGGCCUACUCUACAAAAACUUUCGAUGAUGAUCUUACAAAUAAAGUUAAGCUUAUCAUUAAUAUAGAGGGAUUUAAAGAAGCUGGAGGCCUUUUGUAUAUUGGGUGCAAGAAUGAGGUUGAAAAGACUAAUCCAUCAAAAAUAUCAGAAUGGUUUACAGCCGAUUUCCUGAACCACCAUAGAAUCUAUGCCAUUAAAGAAGAGGAACCAUUUUUAUUAAGAGUUUUUACUAGAAAUCAUGAAUCUACUAAUCGUGGUAUCAGGAAGAAAGGAGGACGAAAGGUUAUGCUAAUGGGGAAGGAGGUUUUUGGAGAUGUGUUAUUUGCCUGUGGCCACUGUGGUUACAGGUCUCAUGAAGGGAGUAAUGUCAGAAGGCAUUUAAAGAAGUCAGUAUGUCUCAAGGAAAAAGGAUACUCAGAGGAAGAUUUGGUUGGGUUAGACAGAACAGAGCGGAGAAAAUUCCUAAGACGAGUGGCAGCUGCUAAGUUUAGAGCGAAGAAAAGAGCAAAAGCUAGCAAAGAGGAUGGUACUUCAGCAGUCAAUGGUACAGAAGUAACUGAACAACAGAAAACUAUGCCAAGCAAUUUUGGAUCAUAUUCAUUGCCGAUGGGCAUGACAAAUAACUCCUAUGUUGAGAACCUUGUUGAAAUUCAAGAAAGAUGUGGAUCUGAAGGAACAAACAGAAGUGGCACAGGGCUGACUCCACAAGUGCCUAACACAAUUGUAGUAAAUAGUUUGCCACCACCAAAAGUGAAGAGAAAAGCACCCAAGUAUAAAGCCCUUACUCUUGGCCCAGCUAUAGAACGGGAGGUAGUCCGGCGUGUGUCCUACGACAUUUUCACGGUGAAUGAAAACAAUGAGAGAAUAGCAUGGAAACCUCCAACAUGUCAUAAGGCAUCCCCUGGUGAUAGGACCUGCCAAAUUGUAUUCAAAGGAGCAAGAAUGAAGAGGAGGUGCAUGGACUUGCCUGUGCCAAUGGUGUUGAUAUACCGCAAGCUAGACUGCAAGACACAUCACUGCUGCUUCACUCUCUUUCACCCGAGUGCCCGCAUUGCCUUUAAAAAUGAUUCUGCAUCAAAGGCUUCUGUCAAUAUCAAGAUGUAUGGAG